AUGUCUUCGGGUAAGUCCCGUGUAUCAUCAUCAACGGGGGUUGAUGAUGAGCGGGAUCCGGCUAGAAAAUAUGGGACACCGAAUCCAAACAAUCCUUAUGCGUGGACUUGUCAAUUUUGUCUAAAAGUGACAAAUGGAGGAGCAUUUCGCAUGAAACAACAUAUAAUGGGUGGUUAUAGGAAUGCAAAGAAAUAUCCUAAGGCUCCGGAACAUGUUCGAGUAGAAGUGAAUGCUUAUAUGAUAAAGAAAGCAACUAGCAAAGUGAUGAAGCAUUUUGCUAAAAAUCCACCUCAAUGUGUUGAAGAUGUUGAUGAUGAAGAAGAGGAUGAAGAGAUGGAAAUUGGAGGUAGCUCACGCACCAUGACGAGUAAGAAGGCCCCGGCUCCAAAGAGGAUGAAAGGUCCUUUAGAUGUUUAUCUUGCUUGUAGCCAACCUAGUUCUCAAACUCAUGAAGUAUUGAAGGGAAGAAAAGAAAGAAAAUGA